AAGGAAGGACAUUAUCAAGCACAUUCUUAGACGUUUCUGUUCCUUUUUUUCCUGCUUUCAUUUUCCAGAAAAUGUCCAUUUCAGGCACAUUCAGCGAGAAUUCUCCAGAUCAAAGAAAUGCUUAUGGUGGUACUGAUAGUUCACAAAAUGAAAGUCAGGAAAUGAAGGGAGAAGUCCACAGUCAUGUAGAGGAGAGCAUUCGUCCAUACAUUGAUCUGAUUGACACUCUACGGUCAGUUGGCAUUCAGAAGGACUUGGCGUUACCAACUAUUGCAGUGAUUGGAGACCAGAGUUCUGGAAAAAGCUCUGUGUUGGAAGCGCUGUCUGGAGUUGGAUUACCAAGAGGGACCGGAAUUGUCACCAGAUGUCCAUUAGAGUUAAGACUGAAGAAGGUACCAGGAGUCAACUGGAAGGCUGUUUUAACUUACAAUAACAAAACAGGUGAAUCUGUGAAUAUUGCAGGUCCUAUUAAAGCCAGCAAACAGGCGAGUGGAGAGGCAGCACAGUCAACUCACAAUAAGAAGAAAAUUGAAUUUUUAGAUCCUUCAUUAGUUGAAAAACAUGUGGCAGCAGCCCAGAAUGAGCUGGCAGGAAAAGGGGUAGGAAUAUGUGAUGAGCUCAUCACUUUAGAGAUCAUGUCACCAGAUGUGUGUGACCUCACACUGAUCGAUCUACCUGGAAUCGCUCGAGUGCCAGUAAAAGGACAGCCAGAGGAUAUUGGAAAACAAAUCAAACGUCUGAUCAUGACAUUUAUUGGGAAACAUGAGACUAUAAACCUGGUUGUGGUUCCUUGUAACACUGACAUUGCAACAACAGAAGCCCUGAAAAUGGCACAAGAAGUAGAUCCUGAGGGCAUAAGAACAGUCGCCAUUUUGACCAAGCCAGACCUCAUAGACAAGGGAACAGAGAAGAACAUUCUGGCCAUUGUCCACAACAGUGUGAUUCCUCUCAGCAAAGGUUACAUCAUGGUGAAGUGUAGAGGACAACAGCAAAUCAAUGAUGAAAUUUCUCUAGAGGAGGCGGCACAAAUAGAGAGAGAUUUCUUCCAAAACCAUGACUAUUUCAGAUGCCUCUUGGAAGAGGAUAAAGCAACUGUUAAAUCUCUUGCCAUCAAACUGACUCAGGAUCUUGUUGAUCACAUCAAAAAAUCACUGCCACAGCUCCAUGAGCAGAUAAAAAAGCAUUUGUGGAAUGCGAGGAGAGCACUUAAGGAAUGUGAGGAUGGACCACCAGAAGACCUUGAAGGAGCCAAGGAAUUCCUUAUUAAAACCUUAAACAGAUUCAACGAGCAAAUCAAGUUACUAUCAUCAGGAGAGCUGAUGAAUGAGAUGAAUGAAAAACAUUUGUGUUUCCAGUUUCGUGCUGAAUUCAAGAAGUGGAAUGAUUAUCUUAACAAAUCAAAGCCAUCAUUUAAAGAUUUAAAAAAGCUGAGCGAGAAUUACAGAGGGUGGGAACUGCCUGGCUUCAGCAACUACAGAUUGUUUGAGAAGAUUCUGCAGGACCAUGUGGCAAAAUUUAAAGAGCCAGCUUUUGAUUUACUCAAUGCUAUAAAAGACAUCGUCAUCAAGCAAUUCAGUGAUGUGGUGAGUGUGUGUUUCCGGAACUAUCAUCUCCUUCAAAACAUCACUAUGGACAAACUCAACAACAUUCAGUUAAACCAACAAGAAAAGGCUGAGGAGAGAAUCUCAGAGCAGUUUAAAAUGGAAAACAGGAUCUACACUCAAGAUCCCAUCUUCCUGAAGAUCUUGAGUGAGAUUAGAAACGAGACUUUUUCAGAAAAGGAGUUACCUGUCUUUGACAAACUAUGCACGUACAGUCAUAUGCUGGAGGCAUUUUAUGAGAUUGUGGUGCAGAGGAUGGCUGACCAACUGCCCUUGAUGAUCACCUUUUACAUGUUGCAGGAAACUGCUCAGCUUCUGUCUAUUGACAUAAUGAAAAUAUUGGAAAAGCCAGAUGUGCAUGAGCUCCUGUCUGAGGACUCUGAUGUCAGCAGAAGACGCAAAGACCUAAGAGCUCAUCUGAAUCGUUUGACUGCUGCUGCGGAAGAAAUUAACAAAUUUUUUAAUUGACUAAAGGAUAUAUCUGAAAAACAUCUAAUGUAUCUAAUGUUAAUCUUGUAUCUG